AUGUCUUCACCUGGUGUGAUUGCCCUCAUCGUGGCUAUAGCACUAGUUGCACUACUCUAUCUCACAGUAUACGCGUUCAGUCACGUACCCCGCGCAGCGUUCCCGAGUGAGUUAGAGUAUGUUUCGUUCAUGCCCGAUGGUGGGGCCUCGGAAAAGCACCCCCUCCCUAGGCUUGAUGACCAGGCCACUGUGGAUUUUUCGGUAGUGGUUCCAUGCUACAACGAAAGCGAGCGCAUAGAAAUUAUGCUUGACGAAGCCCUGCCCGAAUUGAAGAGCGUUUACGGCGAUGGCUGGGAACUAGUCCUGGUCAACGAUGCGUCAACCGACGACACGGUCGGAGUUGCCCUGCGUUGGGCUGCCAAAAACCGGCUACUGCAGGAUCAGUUCCGGAUUAUUGAGCUUAAAAAUAACCGUGGCAAAGGUGGUGCUGUCAUUCAUGGCAUAAGACACGCUCGUGGAAAAGUCAUUUUAUUUGCAGACGCCGACGGGGCGUCCAAGUUUUCUGAUGCCGCCCUGUUACAUCGGGCGUUAGGAGACUCGGAGCGUGCAGUGGCUAUUGGCAGUCGUGCGCAUCUUGUAAAGUCUGAGGCUGUUGUCAAACGUACGUUCAUCCGCAACUUCCUCAUGUACGGACUGCACACUCUCCUGUACGUGUUUGGCAUCCGCACUAUUGGCGACACUCAGUGCGGCUUCAAAAUGUUCACCAGGGAAGCCGCAAAGGCAAUCUUCCCUUACAUGCAUACCGAACGCUGGAUUUUCGAUGUUGAGGUUCUCAUUAUCGCUAUGCGGAAGAAGAUUGCUAUCAGCGAGGUUGCAAUCAAUUGGCACGAGGUAGAGGGCUCGAAAAUCGAUCUGGCCCGCGACAGCGUGUUGAUGGCAGUGGAUUUGGUGGUUAUCAGGUUUGCAUAUUUAUUGGGAAUAUACUCGGAUUCGACGAUUAGCCAGCCCAAUUUAUAG